CAAAAUCAAACCCAAUUACCCAAAAAACCCAAAACCCAAGCCCAAAUCCACAACUACCCAAAAACCCAAUCUCCAAAAAAAAAAAAAAAAAGUUAAAAGUCUUCGUUCUCUCUCUCUCCAUAACCUUCUUCUCCCUCGCACCCGAACCAGCCAUGCUCCUCCAUGCUCACAACACCUCUGCGCCAGCCGUGCACUCCCGCGCCCAACCUUGCACUCCUGCGCCCAGCCUAGAUCCUCUGCUACUGCGAACCAGCCUUGCUCCUGCACCAGCCCUGCUCUGCGCCCUUUGCUCCUGCACCAGCCCUGCUCUGCGCCCUUUGCUCCUGCACCAGCCCUGCUCUGCGCCCUUUGCUCCUGCACUAGCCUGGCUUUACACCAACCUUGCUCUCUGCACUAGAUCCCCUUACUUUGCACCAGAUCCCCUUACUUUGCACCAGAUCUCCUGCACUUUGCACACCGACAAUCAUGCCUCCUGCACGCCCAAGCCAUAACUGGCCAUCAUACCUCCCUACGGCCCUUGCUUGUUGCAGCCCCAUCCGCACCCCUCUAGGCCCCUUGCUGCUGCACCGAGCCUGCGCCCCAAUCCCCCUGCCUCUGCACUCUUGCUCCUAUAGCCAUACCCUUGCCUCACCUACAGAAAAAACAACAAUACCAGACAAAAUUGGCACCAUUAGUGAUUGACAGAGCAAGGCCUUUUUUUUUAUUUAUUUCAUUUUUAUUUUAUUUUAUCAUUUGGGUAUAUAUAUAGAGCAAAAGCAGAGUAAGGAGGGGGGGUUUUUGUUGGUUGGAUUUCGGAGAAAGAGGGGUUUGUUUUUCUGUGCUUGUUGUUUGGUGUUUGUGUGUUGAGAACGUUGGUAAAAGGAAGAGCAUUCUGUUGGAGGCAUCCUUGAGUCACUGGUGGCAGAUAGAGGUUUAGCUCUUUCGGUAAUUUUCUGAAACUGAGGAAUUUCAGGAAAUGGUGGUGAAGGUGACGAACAAAGCUUGAUCCCGUGGGUGGGGUUCCUCUGUUUGAAACUGGAUCCGUUGUCUUUUUUCUGGAAUUUUCACUUUUAGAUUUCUAUGUUUGUUGAUGUAUGAUGUUAUGUUGUUGUUGAUGAAUGAAUGAUAGAUUUUACU